CCUUACUGUGAAGCUGGAUAGAAGGUACAAAAGGGGCUACAACCUUUUCCAAGGAAACCUUGUUUCAUGGGAUAUUCUUUCUCACAAUGGCUCAUGCAGCUUCCCAGUUAAAGAAAAACAGGGAUCUGGACAUUAAUGCAGAGGAGGAUAGUAAGGAGAAAAAGAGGCACAGGAAGCGCUCCAGGGAUCGGAAGAAAAAGCAAUCUGACACAAGUGCAAGUUACUUGAGAGCUGCCCGAUCCGGUAACCUAGAAAAGGCUCUCGACUACUUGAAAAAUGGGGUGGACAUCAAUGUCUGCAAUCAGAACGGGUUGAACGCACUCCACCUUGCAUCCAAAGAAGGACACGUAGAAAUAGUCUCAGAACUCAUCCAGCGAGGCGCUGAUGUCGACGCAUCAACAAAGAAAGGAAACACAGCUCUUCAUAUCGCAUCUUUGGCUGGACAAGCAGAAGUUGUUAAAGUUUUGGUAACAAAUGGCGCCAAUGUUAAUGCACAAUCCCAGAAUGGCUUCACCCCACUAUAUAUGGCAGCACAGGAAAACCACUUGGAUGUAGUGAAGUUUUUGCUGGAUAAUGGGGCAAGUCAGAGUCUCGCUACAGAGGAUGGGUUUACACCUCUGGCAGUCGCCCUUCAGCAGGGCCACGAUCAAGUAGUUUCCUUGCUUCUUGAAAAUGACACAAAAGGAAAAGUUCGGCUCCCAGCUCUCCACAUCGCCGCCCGGAAGGAUGACACCAAAGCGGCAGCUCUGCUCCUGCAGAAUGACCACAAUGCUGAUGUGGAGUCCAAGAGUGGCUUUACACCCCUUCACAUAGCCGCACAUUAUGGGAACAUUAAUGUGGCAACUCUAUUGAUAAGCCGGGGUGCAGCUGUGGAUUUCACCGCCAGAAAUGACAUCACUCCCUUGCACGUGGCCUCUAAGAGAGGCAAUGGAAACAUGGUGAAACUAUUGCUGGAUCGAGGAUCUAAAAUUGAUGCCAAAACAAGGGAUGGUCUGACACCCCUCCACUGUGGAGCAAGGAGUGGUCACGAACAAGUAGUGGAGAUGCUGCUGGACAGGGGAGCCCCUAUUCUCUCCAAAACCAAGAAUGGUCUGUCACCACUGCACAUGGCAACUCAAGGAGAUCACCUGAACUGUGUGCAGCUCCUGCUGCUGCAUAACGUGCCUGUGGAUGAUGUCACCAAUGACUAUUUAACUGCACUGCAUGUUGCUGCACACUGUGGUCAUUACAAAGUAGCUAAAGUCCUGCUGGAUAAGAAAGCCAACCCUAAUGCCAAAGCAUUGAAUGGCUUCACACCACUUCAUAUUGCCUGCAAGAAAAACCGAGUUAAAGUAAUGGAGCUUCUCCUGAAACAUGGGGCAUCUAUACAGGCAGUCACAGAAUCGGGCCUGACGCCGAUCCAUGUUGCUGCCUUCAUGGGACACGUGAAUAUUGUCUCUCAGUUAACGCAUCAUGGUGCAUCACCUAAUACAACCAAUGUGAGAGGAGAAACGGCACUGCAUAUGGCUGCAAGGGCUGGCCAGUCAGAGGUUGUCCGAUAUCUUCUGCAAAAUGGAGCUCAGGCAGAAGCUAAAGCAAAGGAUGACCAGACGCCUCUGCACAUAUCUGCUCGCCUGGGAAAAGCAGACAUAGUGCAGCAGUUGCUCAAGCAAGGAGCCUGUCCAGAUGCAGCCACCACUUCUGGAUAUACUCCACUGCACCUGUCUGCCAGGGAGGGUCACGAUGAUGUAGCAUCUGUUCUGCUGGACCAUGGAGCUUCAUAUGCAAUAGUUACAAAGAAAGGAUUUACUCCUCUGCACGUCGCUGCAAAAUAUGGAAAGAUUGAAGUAGCCAAAUUACUUCUGCAGAAGAGUGCAUCCCCAGAUGCUGCUGGAAAGAGUGGGCUAACUCCACUGCAUGUUGCGGCACAUUACGAUAACCAGAAAGUGGCGCUGCUACUCUUGGAUAAAGGUGCAUCGCCUCACGGAGCUGCAAAGAACGGAUACACACCACUACACAUUGCUGCAAAGAAAAACCAGAUGGACAUUGCUACCACCCUGCUUGAAUAUGGUGCAGAUGCCAAUGCUAUGACCAAGCAAGGGAUUGCCCCUGUUCAUCUUGCCGCUCAAGAGGGCCACAUGGAUAUGGUGUCCUUGCUCCUCACCAGAAACGCUAAUGUCAAUGUUAGCAACAAGAGCGGACUGACGCCUCUGCAUUUGGCGGCACAGGAGGACCGGGUCAGCGUGGCACAGGUUCUGUCCAACAACGGAGCAAUCACUGACUCCUCAACCAAGAUGGCCUACACCCCACUGCAUGUAGCCAGCCACUACGGGAACAUUAAAAUGGUCAAUUUCCUGCUCCAGCAUGGUGCUAAAGUUAAUGUCAAAACCAAGAAUGGAUACACCCCCCUGCACCAGGCUGCACAGCAGGGACAUACCCAUAUCAUUAAUGUACUGCUCCAGCAUGGCGCCUCCCCUAAUGAAGUCACUGUGAAUGGUAACACCGCUCUCGCCAUAGCUCGGCGGCUGGGCUAUAUUUCUGUGGUCGAUACACUUAAAGUAGUGACAGAAGAGACACUGACAACAGUGAUGGUGACUGAAAAGCAUAAAAUGAAUGUUCCGGAAACAAUGAACGAAGUUUUGGAUAUGUCAGAUGAUGAAGUGCAUAGUGCCAAUGUACCAGAGAUUCUCAGCGAUGCUGAGUAUUUGUCAGAAGGGGAUGAAGGUGAAGAUGCAAUGACGGGUGACACUGACAAAUACCUUGGACCACAGGAUCUGAAAGAAUUAGGAGAUGAUUCUUUGCCCCAAGAAGGCUAUAUGGGCUUCAGCUUGGGAGCCAGAUCUGCCAGCCUCCGCUCCUUCAGUUCGGAUAGGUCCUACACGCUGAACAGGAGUUCUUUUGCUCGGGACAGUAUGAUGAUUGAAGAGCUACUUGCACCUUCAAAGGAACAGAACCUGCACCUUUCAUUCACAAGAGAAUUUGACUCGGACUCACUGAGGCACUACAGUUGGGCAGCAGACACCUUGGAUAAUGUCAAUCUCGUUUCAAGCCCAGUGCAUUCUGGGUUCCUGGUGAGCUUUAUGGUGGACGCACGUGGGGGUUCCAUGAGGGGGAGUCGACAUAAUGGAAUGCGAAUCAUUAUCCCACCGAGGAAAUGCACGGCUCCCACUCGUAUCACCUGCCGUCUGGUGAAGAGGCACAAGCUUGCAAUUCCUCCACCAAUGGUAGAAGGGGAAGGACUGGCCAGUCGGCUGGUUGAAAUGGGUCCAGCAGGUGCACAGUUUUUAGGACCUGUGAUAGUAGAAAUCCCCCAUUUUGGAUCAAUGAGAAGUAAGGAGAGGGAAUUGAUUGUACUGAGAAGCGAGAAUGGGGAGUCUUGGAAAGAGCACCAAUAUGACUGCAAGCUGGAAGAACUGACUGAAUUACUGAACGGCAUGGAUGAAGAACUGGACAGCGCAGAAGAACUGGAGAAAAAGAGAAUAUGUAGAAUUGUUACAAAGGAUUUCCCUCAGUAUUUUGCGGUUGUGUCUCGGAUAAAGCAAGAGAGUAACCAGAUUGGACCUGAAGGAGGAAUUCUGAAGAGUACAGCAGUCCCACGUGUUCAGGCGUCCUUUCCAGAGGGGGCACUGACUAAAAGAAUUCGUGUUGGGCUACAGGCCCAACCAGUACCUGAUGAACUGGUAAAAAAAGUAAUUGGAAACCGAGCAACGUUCAGUCCCAUCGUCACUGUGGAACCCAGAAGACGGAAAUUCCACAAGCCAAUAACAAUGACCAUUCCAGUGCCGCCACCGUCAGGUGAAGGUGUUAGUAACGGUUAUAAAGGAGACACCACCCCCAGUCUGAGGCUGCUGUGCAGUAUUACAGGUGGGACGUCACCGGCUCAGUGGGAGGACAUUACAGGAACAACUCCCCUAACAUUUGUCAGUGACUGUGUCUCUUUCACAACCAAUGUGUCUGCCAGAUUUUGGCUUGGUGACUGUCAUCAGAUUCCCGAAACCGUUAGUUUGGCGACACAGCUCUACAGGGAAUUAAUAUGCGUUCCAUACAUGGCCAAGUUUGUGGUAUUUGCCAAAAUGAAUGAUCCAGUGGAAGCCCGGCUACGCUGCUUCUGUAUGACUGAUGACAAAGUGGACAAAACACUGGAACAGCAGGAGAACUUUGAAGAAGUUGCUAGGAGUAAAGACAUAGAGGUACUAGAGGGGAAACCCAUCCAUGUUGACUGCUAUGGAAACCUCACCCCACUAACGAAAGGAGGGCAGCAACUUAUUUUUAAUUUCUAUGCUUUCAAAGAAAACAGACUUCCAUUUUCUGUGAAGGUGAGAGACCCCAGCCAAGAGCCCUGUGGUCGACUGUCAUUUUUGAAAGAGCCAAAGACAACAAAAGGCCUGCCACAGACUGCCGUCUGCAACCUCAAUAUCACUCUACCAACUCAGAAAAAGGAAACAGAGUCAGACCAAGAUGACGAGACAGAGAAAGUGGAUCGGCGUCAAAACUUUGUGUCUCUAGCCUUGCGUAAGCGAUACAGCUAUCUGACUGAGCCUGGAAUGAAACUUGAUCGGAACACAGCACCAAUGAGAACUUUACCUGCUACUUAUGCAUACAAGCCAGGCUUUCCAACAAGACCAUAUCAGUCAUGGACAACUGCACCAAUUACAGUGCCUGGACAGACCAAAUCAGGCUUUACCUCUCUGUCCAGCUCUUCCUCCAAUACUCCAUCAGCAUCCCCAUUAAAGUCAAUUUGGUCUGUCUCCUCUGCUUCUCCAAUAAAAUCCACUCUAGGAGCUUCUACUACAUCUUCUGUUAAAUCUGUUAGUGAUGUAGCCUCUCCAAUGCGAACAUUUCGGACAAUUGCUUCACCAAUAAAAACUGUUGUGACACAAUCUCCAUAUUCACUUCAAGGUUCCACUGGUUCACCAAUUAGGACUUCGACCAUUGCAGAAGCUCCAGCUUUCAAGGGAUUAUCCUCCACCUCAGCUUUCGCUUCUAGAACUUCUCCAGUGACCACUGCUGGCUCUCUUUUAGAAAGAUCAUCCAUUACAAUGACACCUCCAGCAUCCCCAAAAUCAAAUAUUAACAUGUAUUCCUCAAGCUUGCCAUUUAAAUCCAUCAUUACAUCUGCAGGGUCGCUUUCAUCUUCUCCUCUAAAAUCUGUGGUUUCUCCCAUUACUUCUACUCCUUCUAAAGUGAGCAUAGCAUCCUCUCUUUCGUCACCUUUAAAGAUUGGAAAUGGGCCAAGUGAAGUAGGAUUAAUGAAUGGGUCUGCAUCACCAUUAAAGUACCCACUCUGCUCAAAUUAUAUCAAUGGAUCAGCAGUAAAUUUGCAAGACAAGAUAUCAGCAAUUAAUAAAACUGCAACUGCAACAGUUAACUCAACAAUUGAUACAGCUGAAAAAAAUUAUUCUGUUCCCACCACAACACAAAUGCCAUAUUCACCUCUCAAGUCUUUUGCAUCAACAGCAUCUGCUUUUCAGACAAUAAGAAAUCCCCCUUCUGGUGCAGUGUACACAUCUUUUAGGUCUACAUUGUCCUCUACUACCUCAUCCGUCACAUCGUCAACAUUAACUGUACCAGUAUAUUCUGUGGUAAAUGUGUUGUCAGAGCCUACCUUAAAAAAACUAACAGAGUCUGCAUCCUUGACUAAAUCAGCUGCUGCCCUUGUGACAGCAUCAAAAAACUUAUCAACUGAACCCAUCAAUCAGUUUAGUCGAAUUUCCUCACCUCUUAAAACAUCCUUGUUUCUGUCCCCUGCUGCACUCAAGUUAUCUACCACUUCUUCAUUGUCUUCAAGUCAGGAGAUUUUGAAAGAUGUUGCAGAUAUGAAAGAAGACUUAAUAAGAAUGACUGCAAUUUUACAGACUGAUACUUCUGAAGAAAAACCAUUUCAUUCUGAGUUAACUAAAGAAGUUAGAAUUGAAGAUGAAGAACCAUUUAAAAUUGUAGAGAAAGUAAAAGAGGACUUGGUAAAAGUCAGUGAAAUUUUAAAAAAAGAUGUGUUCUUGGAAAAAUCGUCAUGUGAUCAAGGCCAGUCUCCAGAAGACGACUGGGUAGAAUUUAGUAGGGAGGAACUUGAAGAAGCUAGAGAGGGUGCCGCCAUCAGCCUGCCCUUAUACUCUCCAGAAAAAGUAGAGUUGAAAUCUAGAACUUUAUCUGAAAAGGACUAUAAUUUAACAAAAGUGAUUGAUUACUUGACUAAUGACAUUGGUGGGAAUACAUUUUCAAACUUGAAAUACAAAUAUGAUGAUGGGAAAAAAGAAGGGGAAGAGAAACAAAAAAGAGUUUUGAAACAUGAUCAUAAACUCAAAAUGCCUCCACCAUCAAUGAGAUCUUCAGCAUCAGAAAAAGAGUUGUGCAAAAUUGCGGACUCCAUCUUUGGAACGGACAUGAUUUUAGAAUCUCCAGAUGAGUUUUCACAACAUGAGCAAGAUAAAAGUCCUUUGUCUGAUAGCGGAUUUGAAACAAGAAGUGAAAAAACUCCAUCUGCCCCCCAAAGUGCUGAGAGCACUGGUCCUAAACCACUUUUCCAUGAUGUACCUAUUCCACCAGUAAUUACUGAAACAAGAACAGAGGUGGUUCACGUUAUAAGGAGCUAUGAACCAUCCACUGGAGAGUCUGUAGAACCCAACAAAGGGGAAACUCCACAAAUAAAAUCAGAUAAAACUUUUAUGGAGCUAGAACAAUAUCCACCUGGGUCUAUAAAAGUAACAAAUAAGGCAUUUCAGCUAAAUGCUGGAAAUGAAGAAGAUGACCAAAAAGGGGUUUUAGGAAAGGGUGUACGAGUUAAAGAAGAAACUCACAUAACAACUACAACAAGAAUGGUUUACCAUCCUUCUCCAGCUGUUGAAAAAUCUGAAAGAAUAGAGGAAACCAUGUCUGUCCAUGACAUAAUGAAAGCCUUCCAGUCAGGUCGUGAUCCAUCCAAGGAGCUGGCUGGCCUGUUUGAACACAAAACUUCCGUAGCUUCAGAUGCUCAGAAGUGUACUGAAACCUCACAACAGCAUGCUGAAAGGGACACCAAAAUGAAACCAAAACUGGAGCGCAUAAUUGAGGUCCAUAUUGAGAAAGGUAACCAAGCUGAGCCUACAGAAGUCAUAAUUAGAGAAACAAAAAAACAUCCAGAGAAGGAAAUGUAUGUUUAUCAAAGGGAUUUAAGUCAGGGAGAUUAUAACAUCAGAGAUAUGGUAUCAGAAAGAAAUAAGAUGUUUCCAUGUUCAGAUGAACCGGGACAAGCAGAAGAAGAGGAAUUGACAGCAGAAGAGUCUCUACCAUCUUAUCUGGAGUCUUCAAGAGUAAAUACCCCAGUUUCACAAGAAGAAGACAGCCGUCCAAGUUCUGCUCAACUUAUAUCAGAUGACUCAUACAAAACGCUAAAAUUACUCAGUCAACAUUCAAUAGAAUAUCAUGAUGAUGAAUUAUCUGAGCUGAGAGGGGAGUCAUACAGGUUCGCUGAGAAAAUGCUCCUGUCUGAGAAAUUAGACGACACCGAGGAGUCCGUAACGGAGCAUGCGUUAAUUCUUGGAUCUGACUUCCACCGACCUGAAAAACAAUGCAGAGAAAAAGCAAUCACUGCACCAAAGAAGGAAAUACUCUCAAAAAUAUAUAAAGAUGUAACUGAAAAUGGAAUAGGUAAAAUGUCCAGUGAUGACUCUCUAGAUAAAGUUACAGUGUUGCAUUAUGCUGGAGAUUCUAAAAGCCCCAAACAUGCUAUGUGGAUGCGAUUUACAGAGGAUAGGCUAGACAGGGGUAGAGAAAAGCUUUUGUAUGAAGACAGGGUGGUCAGAACUGUUAAAGAGGCAGAAGAAAAAUUGACAGAAGUAUCACAAUUUUUUCGGGACAAAACUGAAAAGCUAAAUGAUGAGCUUCAGUCACCGGAGAAGACACCUCACAAAAAUAACGGUAAACAAUAUCAUUCAGGUCAUAGUUCUACUAACAGUAGCCCAGAAAAAUUAAAGGUUGCAGAUUUUAGAACUUCCAGUGAUGACUGGACUAAAACUCACCAGUUUAUGCAUGAUGGAAAGUGCAUCACCAUUGCCGAUGAUCGGAAAGCAACAAGUUUGCCUUGCAGUCCUGAAAAGAGGGUGUUUGACCACAAGGCAGACAGCCAGCAAUCAGGAACUCAGUCUGGCUUCCAGCUAAAACAGUCCAAGCUCAGCUCUAUUAAAUUAAAAUUUGAGCAAAGUAUAAAUCUUAAAAACAAGGACAAUUCCCAGGAAGAAAAGAAACAUGGUUCUCCGUCCAAAAUUCCAGUAAAAAAAAAUCAGGACAAUUUGCUUCCAUUUUUUCAGUUUCACACCAAAGAAAAGCAACAAAAGACCAUUAAGGAAAUGAAUGGUGAGCUACCUUCUCUCAAGGAAUCCAUCACAGAAGCCAUUAAUGAGGAAUGCUCUAAAUUCAAAGAAAUGAUUAAAAACAGUGGUGGAUUUUUAGAUAAAAAAACAGAUACAAAAAUUGGAGGACUAAUGGAUCAAUUUCCACAACAGUCAGAGAAUGCUGUAUCUGGCAAUAAAGACUUGGCUUCCCCAGACAAGAAAAUAUAUAGAACAUGGGAAAUGUCUGGAGCCUCUAAUCAGAAGACACACAAAGAAAAACUUUCCCAUGUUUUUAUACUGGACAAAGACACAGAAAAGAAUGGAUCUCAUCUCCCAAACCAUGGCAUUGAUAAAGAACAAACACUUCCAAAAAAUGGAUCUUGCACAGGAGAAAUGAAAGACAGUUGCGUUAAAUCUCCUUCCAAAAAACUUUUGUACACAGAACUGGCUCGAAAGGAUGUAGGAUAUACCAGUGAGAGAAAGAAUGAGACCAGGAAGGAAGGGACAAGUGUAUCACACAUUCCUGUCAGAAUCACUGAAGACAGGAGAGCAGGUCAUAGUCCAGACAGUCAUAACAGCAAAUCCAAAUUUGAAAGUGAAUUUAAUAAAACACCUACACCACCUAAAAUUAAUCAGCCUAAGCUUGAUAUACUGCAUUCCACAUUUAUCACAGACGAGAGCAACAGACGCACAGAUACUCUACUGAGUAAAGCCCAGGAUUACCUGGGCUUAUCACCUUCUAGUGAAGAUACUGAGAUAUCCCCUGUUAAGUCCCCAGAUUCUUUAGAGUUUAGCCCUACUAAAGAAUGUUCAGCUGAAUCUAUUAUAUUUGAGGACAUAGAUAAAAUAUAUUCAUCAGCAAAUACAGAGGCGUUAAAAGAGAUAAAAACAUUACCAGUAUAUGUCAGUAUUGUACAAGUAGGAAAACAACAUGAAAAAGAAGCACAACAAGGAGAUGCUAAAAAAGUACUUAGCCAGGAGAGUAAGACUAUUCAAGAGACCAGAGGUACACUCUUUACUAGUAAACCACAAAAACAACCACCUUCUCCUCAGGGCAGCCCAGAGGAUGAUACCUUAGAACAAGUGUCAUUUAUAGAUAGCUCUGGAAAAAGUCCUUUAACUCCAGAGACACCUAGUUCAGAGGAAGUUAGCUAUGAGUUUAAUUCUAAAACUCCCGACUCGUUAAUGCUAUAUAUUCCAGGAAAGCCAAGCCCUAUACCUGAAGUUUCAGAAGAGUCGGAGGAAGAGGAAGUAGUCAAAUUACCCUCUAUUAGGCAGAGCAUUCCAGAUGCCCAAAAUUCUAGUUUAGCAAAACCAGUCACUAUUAGCCACGACUUAAACAAAAGAACAAAAGACAACAGAGUGGCAUAUAUUGAGUUUCCCCCUCCACCACCUUUAGAUUCUGAGCACAGUGAUUCUAGUAAAAAAAAUAUGGACAAUUCAACUGACAGUGAAAUGGAACUAACUGAAGUUAAUCUUCAAGACGAUCAGGACAAGUUUCUGUCAGCUGAGCCAGUUAUCAGAGUACAGCCACCAUCUCCUGUUCCCCCUGAACUAGAGUUCAGCGAUUCAAGCGAUGAUGAAUCAAUACUCCAACCUUUUGCUAUUAAGAAGUAUACAUUCAAAAUGAAUGAUGGAGAGGUAAAAGAAUGUACAAAAAUUAAUACUUCUGGGAAGCCUUGUCUGUCAAAACAAGCUCAGGAAUUAGAAAUGGGUUUAAAUACAUCAUCGAAUGACCUUGAACAAAAUGGUAAUAAUGAUCAAUCUGUUACAGAAUGUUCCAUAGCAACCACUGCAGAAUUCUCACAUGAUACAGAUGCAACUGAAAUCGAUUCUCUUGAUGGCUAUGAUUUGCAGGAUGAAGACGAUGGGUUGACUGAAAGUGAUGCUAAACUUGGACCAAGUGAAGAAGUAGAAAUAAAAAAGGAACCAUGGACUAAGGAAGGUGUUCUGAAACACAGUGAUCGUAGCUUUAGCCAAAGUAAACUUGAAGUUAUUGAAGAGGAAAAAGUAGUAACUGAUGAGUAUAAGCCAUGUAGAAAAAUAUCAGACAGUGAAAAGAAAAAUGACCCAGGUGACAAGAAGCAAGGGGCUCAAUUUUUUACCUUGGAAGGAAGACAUCCUGAUAGACAAGUGUUUCCAGAUACAUACUUUAGCUACAAAGUAGAUGAAGAGUUUGCAACACCUUUUAAAACAGUGGCUACAAAGAGCCUUGACUUUGAUCCCUGGUCUAGUAAAGCAGGAGAUGAUGAUGUGUUUGAAGCCAAAUCCAAAGAAGAGGACCCCAAACCUUUUAGUCUGGCUGUAGAAGAUCGGUCUCAAGCAACCACACCAGACACAACUCCAGCCAGAACACCUACAGAUGAAAGUACUCCGACAAGUGAGCCCAACCCCUUCCCAUUUCAUGAAGGGAAGAUGUUUGAGAUGACUCGCAGUGGUGCUAUUGACAUGAGCAAGAGGGAUUUUGUUGAAGAAAGACUUCAAUUUUUUCAGAUUGGUGAGCAUAAUUCUGAAGGGAAGUCAGGGGACAAGGGGGAAGGGGACAAAAUAACUGCCAUCACACUUCCACAGUCAGGGGACAUCUUGAUAGAUCCCAUCCUAGAAAAACAAGUAGAGACAACUACAGUUGAACAUGCCACCAUCAUCCAGGGAAGUGGAGAUUGUCUUGAUGGAACAAAUGGUAAUAAUUCAUUGGACAAACCAGCAGCUACUACCAGUUGUAAAGUUGAUCCUAAAAUGCGCACGCCUAUUAAGAUGGGCAUAUCAGCCUCAACCAUGACCCCGAAGAAAGAUGGCACUGGAGAUGUAGCAGAUAAAAUAGAGUCUGUGCCAGAUUACCAGAAUUUAGAUAAUGAUAGCAAGACGGUUUUAGCAAACACAUCAACCACUGAGACCAUUAUCAAUCACAUAGAAAUACACGAUUUUCAAGUAGAAAACUAUAACAAUAACAACAACUUGGAUUCUUUCACCCUAAAUGUAAAUAAUAACACAAUAAAUUUGGUACUUAGUAAGGACUGUGAAUCCAAGUCUAUAAAAAAAGUUAGUGCAAUGAUAGCUAAUGAAGGUAAAGAACUGGUGACAUCCAAUCAAAAUAUUGAGAAACAUAAACAACUAAUCCAGAAAAGUGAGCCUAGACUAGCAGAUUCACCAGGGAUUAGACCACGGUCUAAACUACCAAUUAAAGCCAUAUCUGUAAAGCCCAUUGCUAAACAAACUAGCAAUACAAACACGUCACUUUGUAGAAGACAAUUGCCUAAUAAGACUGAGAAAGGUACGAGACAGGAAUAUAUUUCAAAUGCAGAAGUAAAAUCUAAAAUCCCUAUAAAAAACAUUAAUAGAGCAAAUCCACCCAUACAGAGGAAAGCCACACCUAAACAUAAGCCAACACAGAUAGAGAAAGAGGCUGUUAAACCGACUCCUUCAAAAUUACCAGUAAAGGUAAGAUCUAUGUCCAGUGCCACGUCAGCAGCCAAAGUAAAGAAACAUGAGUUCAGUGAGGUUUGUAAACAUUCUAUUGAAUAUUUUAAGGGAAUUAGUGGUGAGACAUUAAAGCUUGUGGAUCGCUUGUCCGACGAAGAGAAAAAGAUGCAGACUGAGAUCUCUGAUGAUGAAGACAGUACAUCACGAAAUACGUCAUUAUCUGAAGCCACCCAAGUGUCCCAGCCUUCCGUUACUUCGAGGUCUGCUAAAGACAUGAAAGCAGACGCAACAUCUUUAAAAUCAAAGAUUGAAAAGGCCGACAGUGAGAGAAGGAGCAGUAGGAGGACUGGUCCGCAGAGUCCAUGUGAGCGUACUGACAUAAGGAUGGCAAUAGUUGCUGAUCAUUUGGGACUUAGCUGGACAGAACUGGCGAGAGAACUAAACUUUUCAGUUGAUGAAAUUAAUCAGAUUCGUGUUGAGAACCCAAAUUCUCUGACUACACAAAGCUUUAUAUUGUUAAAGAAAUGGGUUAUAAGGGAUGGCAAGAAUGCAACAACUGAUGCCUUAACCAAUGUCCUGACAAAAAUCAAUCGAAUAGAUAUUGUGACAUUGCUGGAGGGUCCGAUUUUCGACUAUGGAAACAUUAGUGGCACGAGAAGUUUUGCAGAAGAAAACAAUGUGUUCAGUGACCCCAUUGUUGAUGGUUGGCACACAGAAGCAUCCAGCAUCCAUGUGGAACAACCAGUACCAGAACGGAAACUCAACAGUGAUCUGAUUGAGAGAUUGGAUGACAGCCAUGAGUCCAUUACCUCAUAUCUCAAGGGAGAAGUAGGAAGACUGGGAUCUAACGUUAGUCCUUCUGAGUCAGUAACAGAAGGUAAGACCGGUACCAGAGCUCCAGAGACAGAUCCGGUGAAAUCCAAUGAGAGACAGAAACCAAAAACACUCCAAGGACUCAAUGGAAAAGGGGAACAGACGUCACCAUCAACAGUACGUCAGAAAUCACCGGAGAAGACCAGCAAGGCUGUAAUAGGAGAGCAUAAGAGCUCUCUACCUGUUAGUGCAAAAAGGACAGGCUUGGAAGAAGGAAAGUCAAGGCCACCCACCCAUGCAGAGGAAGGAGCGUCUGUUGAAAAGUCUACUGGUAAAACUUGCCUAAAAUGCAUUUAUCAGGAUUCUAGUGACAGUGAAUAUGAGAGUGAGUCGAGCUCAGAUGAGGAACGAAGAGUCACAACGAAAAUUACUCGGCGGCGCUUGAUUUACAAGGGGGAGGAAGCUAAAAACAUUCCUGGGGAAUCUGUUACGGAAGAGCAGUAUACAGAUGAAGAAGGCAACAUCAUCACAAAAAAAGUAACGCGGAAAGUCGUGAGACGUGUUAUGGUUCCACAAGACAAAAACAUUGGUGGAACUGUAACUGUUGGGGCUGAGGGAUAUAAAGUGAAAACCAAGAAGGAAAUUCGACAUAUUGAGAAGAAAAGUUAUUUGUAAUACCGCAGUACAUAAGGGUCAGAGGUUGCUGCCAGUAUUCAGAUGACAUACAGAAGAAGAGGAAAUAACGGAAAUAAAAAUCAUCAAAAAAAGUGUGUGUUUUCCGCUUUCACACAUUAACCGCAUGGGUUUUUUUUAUGCAAGAAACCUUUAUUUUAGCAUGAGCCGAUUAUACAGAGCAUGGGAAAUCACCUUCAUUCGGAUUGGGUCAAGGAGUGUAUAGUUUACAAUGCAGUGUACAUACAAAGCGCCAUGCUGUUAAUGCCAUUUCUUUGGAGCAUCGGGAUAUUCCUGGGGCUGGAACGCCAGCGAAGACGAUGACCUUGGUUGGACUCGCGAAAGACACAAUGAUCACUAAAUAAGCAACAGUUCGCCUUAUUUUAACCUGUACCCUGAAAGUUGGGGUGUGAAAUGCUCUUGAUUUUCUUUUAUAAAUCAUCAAUGGAUUUGCUGUAAAUAAGUGACACUUGUAUAAAAUUCUAACAAGACUACAAUUCAUGUUAAUACAGCACCGCCUGGUCACCACUUACCCACCGGAGAUCACUCACAUAUCCAUAUAACCAGAUAGGUGUCUGAUAAUACUUCACUGAAGGGUAUACUGGGCGUGUCUUCACAAAAUCUUGUAUAUUAUCAAUUACAAUGUUUGUAUAUGGAAAAAAAUAAACAAGCCAAGCAGAUUUUACACAAAUUUCUUUAAUUCUGCUGCAAACUGAAGUAGUACAUAAACAGGGAAUUCUGAGAUCCCAAAUAAUUUUUCUUCAGGGUUAGGAAUAUUUUGGUGCAUGUAUCCUCUCACUUUUCUUUAAUUCAACCUUUUUUUUCAACUUUGCAAAAGCUACACUAAAAUGCAAAACAAAAAUCUGAGCUAUCCACACGAAACCCUUUAUUUAACCGUAUUGCUGUUGCCAACCUUUCAUGAACUUUGCAAAAUAAUAUAUUCUGCGGUAGUGCAUAGUCCCAGGCACUUACUGUAUUGCUUUUACAGGGGGUGGGAUAAUGGCUCAAGGGUCUAGAAGUGACUUUGUGCUUGUGUAGAGCACAACUUUCUGAAAAAAAGGAACAAUUAGAUCUUAGGCAGGAAGCACGAUGUAAAGUCCUUACUGUAUUGUGUACUGGCUAUAAGAUGUAGACUUUUUUCAGUAAAGCCAAUCAUCUGUAUUCAUUCUAGCAGUGUAAUAUUAGGUUGUUAAUGCUGCUGUGUUUUAAAAGGGCAUUUUUAUUUGGGUUUUGGUGAACUCUUUUCAUUUGUUGAUUAUAUUCAUAUGAAACAAACAGCAUUCAUUGAUAAUAGCUCUAAUAACAAUGUAUGAGAUCCAAACACUGGAUGAUCUAGUUGAUUAUUUAAAACAAAAAAUAAAUUGUGUUUAAAAGUG